UUAAGUGAUUUUAAUAUAACCAAUAAGAGUGUAUCUAAAAGCAAAACAUGUACCAACAUUAAUCUUUCAAAAGUUGAACAAGUCAAAUAACGGAACUAGGGGGUCACUAGGGUCACAAUCACAUACAUUUUACUCCUUGCCCAGUACUUUCUAGCUUUCUUUCUUCCUAGUAAUAUAACUACCGGCAAUCGGAACAAUGGCCUCACCUCAUGAAUUCUUCAUAAUUUCACUGAUUCCUUUUGUUCCUAACCACAUCUGCAAUUAAACACUCGACCCUCCUUUUUCAACCAUGAACUUGAAGAGAUAUAGCAUAACCUCUACUAUAUCCACUAUCAUUUACCUUUCUUUCUUGUUCCUCUCGGACUUAUUAGCAAUAUCCAUUGAAGCUUAUGUUCCAGUUGAUAGCUUCACCGUCGACUGUGGCUCAGCUGGCAAAUCCUCCGAUGGAGAAAGGUCAUGGAACGGAGACAUAGACUCAAAUCUCUUAACUCUUCAAGACACAAAAACCAUCAUUGCUCAACCAACCACACAAUUUCCUCUUUACCAAGUUCCCUAUAACAGUGCUCGCUUGUCUAACUCUGAAUUCAGUUACUCCUUCCCGGUCACAGUUGGCCGGAAAUUUGUUCGUCUCUUCUUCUACCCUGCUUCUUACGCUGCCUUUGACCGUAAUAAAGCCUUCUUCACGGUCAAAUCCGAGGGCUUCACACUCCUUAAGGAUUUCAACGCUUCGCUUAACGCCGAUGCUGCAAACAGCGACACCAUCUUUAAAGAAUACAUCAUCAACGUGGAUGAUGGGCAGAGGAUCAACCUAACCUUCACUCCAAACACAUCCCAUCCAAAUUCUUAUGCGUUUGUGAAUGGAAUUGAGGUGGUUUCCAUGCCCAGUGAUCUCUACUUCUCUGAACCCAGCGGACAACAAAUUAUAUUUGUGGGUCAUCCAGGCGUCCUAUACGAAAUGCUAAACAGUAGUGCCCUGCAGACAUAUUACAGGAUCAAAGUUGGCGGCGGUGGAAUCACACCUAAAGGUGAUACUGGCAUGCUCCGGAGGUGGGAAGGAAAUGAUGACAAUUAUUUAAGAGCGCCAAGUGCUCAGUAUAUGCAAUCCGGUGAUAUGACCGGAAGGAUGAACAUCACUGUGAGUCCUGAUUAUGAAGCACCCACUGAACUCUACAGAACAUCACGUGAUAUGGGCAUGAAGGGAACUCUCAACCAAAUGAUAAAUUUGACCUGGGAGUUUCCUGUUGAUUCUGGCUUCACCUACAUGCUCAGGCUUCACUUUUGCGAGCUAGACCCAAACAUUAUCAAAACCAAUGACAGAAUGUUCAACAUCUACAUAGCAGGCCAGUUAGCUGAGGACCAUGCCACUGUUCUAAAAUGGAGCAAGAAAAAGGGAAUUGCUGUACAGAGAGACUACGCAGUUAUGAUCCAAGGCCAAGGGAUUACUGAGGACAAGUUUAACCUUUCACUCCAAAUGCAUCCUUCAUCAGACACAUGGUACAGCGACCCUUUCUUGAACGGCCUGGAAAUCUUCAAAAUUAGUGACCCUGCGUCUAAUAACCUGGCAGGACCCAACCCUGACCCUAUUCCUCAUCCAUUUGCCCCACCACACCUCUCUGUCUCUCUUCAAAUCUCAAUCAAGAGGAUCAUAAUAAUCAUAAUAAUCUCUGUUGUCCCUGCUGGAUUCAUUUUUCAUUUCAUUCUAGUGUUCUUCAUCCGUAGAAAACAGAAGACAAUUUUAUUAGGAUAA